UCUUUACGAAGGAGUUUAAGACAAGAACCGCCUAAAUUAUCGUUCAUUUCGCGGUGGAGAUCGGAAGGAAAUUUGGCGCAAUUGGAUGACAGUGUGGAUAGUAACUCUAGUCUGCCGGUUGGGGGAAGACUUGAAAAAUGCAUGAAGGCACUAAGUGGUAGCUUGAAAAAUCUUCUCCAGUUGGGCGGUAUGUCGCGGCCGCCAAAGGCCGCACCACAAGCAAAACGUGUGGCGCCUCCGGCAGUGCCGGAUCUGUAUCGUUUGUCCGGCAGCUCAUUCGGGUCAGCUGGCUAUGCGAGCGCCGAGGACGCGGUCUUUCUGGCUCCCGACACGCCCACGACCAUUAGAGAUGAUCAUUCGGACUAUGGAAGUACGGCUAGUGGUGGCACACAACCAGGUAAAAGUCCAGGAAUUCCUGUUUACGGUCCUGGGCAACAACCGCCAGCGUUUUCGUUUCCUCCGCAAAGCGGGCAAACUGUCGUUGGUCCACCCACACUGACUCAUAAAGCUGCAGUUUAUUAUCAUCAUCAAUUAGCUCUACAGGAAGACCAAGGGAUAGACAUGACACAAUCGCCUGGACGUGAUAGUCCAGGAUCUAGUUCUGGAUCAGCUGGUUCUGGAUCACGGCACUCAACUGCAUCUUUGGAUUCCGGAAGAGCUUCUGGUUAUUUGGGAGCACCGCGAGGAGCUCUUGGAUCGGCUUCAUCUCCUAGAUGCAGUUUGAGUUCUUGUUCUCUUGGCUCGGAACAUGGUCGAUAUGAAAGGAUGAUAUUACAAGGAAUACCGGAUCAUGAAGUGAUUCAUGCUUGGCUCACUGAAUUGCAAUAUGAAGAAUACAGCCCAUUAUUUGGAGCUGCUGGUUAUGACUUGGCUACAGUAGCUCGGAUGACACCCGAAGAUUUGACUGCGAUCGGAAUCAAAAAACCUAAUCACAGAAAACGGCUUAAGGCAGAAAUUCAACAAUUAGUUUUACCGGACAAUCUACCUGACUACAUACCGGGGUCUAUUGAAGAGUGGUUGCGUUUAUUACGACUGGAUGAAUAUGCACCGGCUUUGAUAUCUCAAGGCUACAAAACUGUACAAGAUGUUACUCAACUUACUUGGGAAGAUUUGGAAGAGACCGGUAUCGUGAGAUUAGGUCAUCAGAAGAAAAUAAUGUUAGCCAUAAAACGUGUAAAAGACGUUCAAGCUGGUAAAAGAUUUUCGGGACAUACUGGCCAAUGUUCUGCUCAGGAUUCACUUGGGUCUCCAUCCUGCGGUAGUGUAAUCAACGAUGAACCAGUUUACAUCCACACAAUGAGACACGCUUACCAGCAACCCUGGGAGGUUCAACAAUCUAGAAUGAUGACCGCCAGCUGCCAUCCCGUCCAACAAAAUUGUUACGUGGGAUACGGAAUGAAUGAUAUAGUUCCCAUACAGAUUCGACAAGGUCGCGGAAAAAGUUUAGAAAGCUUGGAGGAUACAGAAAGAGGUCCUGUAACCCACCUUACGUUUACCAAUGAAGGUGGACCACAAGCGUUGUACGUUAGUGGUGCAGGUCCUGGAAUGCCCUCUAGUAUCAUGUUGUCUGGAGGUCAACAGUGGCGCCGGUCAUAUGAUGAUGGCGAUAUCACGCCGACAAAUGAGGCUUCGAUACUAGCAAGUUACGAAGGUGGCGGAACAUUACCACGGCCCCGCGGAUUUGUUCGACCAAGGCCUGUUGCAAAAGUCACGGGCAAUACGAAGGCUGUACCUCAGUCGCAUUUUCAAGAUUUUAAUGAUAAAAUACCUUAUUCUCAACAACAUCAGCAGCAAGCUUAUAAUGAAUAUAUACAAUAUGCAACAUCGACUAGUAAAUAUUCACAUUUGUACAGCCCUCAUUUGACCAAGAAAAUGCCACCGCAACCACCUAAACGUCAGAGCUCGAAUUCAGGAUUAGAUGGUAUUUAUAAUGUAGGCUCCAUACAUCAAACCACAGUAGAAAUACAUGCAGAAAAUAAUUCUCCACCUAAUAAAAGUUUACCGAGCUUACACGAAUCUAAUAAGCAACUGCCGCUAAGUCUUCCUGCUUAUCCAUCGUCGGAUAGUUUAAGCUGCGUCAGCCUGGAAAGUGAAGGCCUGCCUUUACCUCCGCCACCAGCACCUUGUACCCCACCGACAGGUAUAAUGCCAUCUAGAUCUUGGACAGAUGGAACCAGUAGGAUGAAUGAAGAGCAAAUGCUUAUCAAUACUUUAGCAAAUCAAGCGCGUAAUGGUAGCGACGCCAGUUUUAAAUCUAGCUCAAGUACAGAAAGCGAUAGUCUGCCAUUCGCCAACGAGAAUGCAGGCACCAUCAAACAACGCGCCAACGCAAGCCUGAACCGCAACCAGAGUUCCCUAGAAUUCUCCCGGUCAAACUCUUUAUCCAGACAAAGCGGCCACAUGCAUUCAAGUUCACAAAAUGCAGAUUUAAAUUCAAUAACACCCCAUGAAAGUACAGAGCCAGCCGAUGUUCUGAGCGACAUAGGAAACAUGUUGGCAAAUUUAACCGAUGAAUUAGAUGCCAUGUUAGAAGAAGAGAAACGACAAGGUUUGACAGAUUCACAAUAAUAAAAAGUUACAGGUAAAAACGUUGGUUAGGACGCGUGUUACUUUUUUGAGAUGUCGUUAAAGUAUUACGCUGUGAUAUAGAGCUAGUGUAUUUUGGUUCAAAGUAUUAUAUACUUGUAAUGAAGUGGGCGCGGAAACAGGAGAAAGUAUAAAGAAAUUCAAUUUU